CCCAUAGCUGGGCUGGGGUCUGUCCCGGCCUCCCCUUGGAGCCGAGCUCCGGCCCAACAGGCGCUCGCUGCCCUUGAGGGUCCCUCUGACAAGCAGCGGGGGCUCGGGAGGAUCCGAGAUGUGACUUAGUCCAUUCCCGUCCACUCUACCGCUUCCCGGAAAAGAGCACAGCGGAGGGAUGUGGGGUGGGAGCGGGAGGCAGAGCGUCACGUUGACGCUCAGACAGAUACCGGUACAGCCCAGGAUGCUCCGGGGUACACAGGUGCCUCCUGCGCCAGCUCCCCUGGGGCCUGCUGGUGUGUGCCAACGCCAAACCUCCGUCCUGAAAGCCCCGUAGGCCUGCGGGGGAAGUUGGCGAUUCAUUGAAACGGGCUGGAGCUCUUCCUCACUGUGUAUUGAUAAAGUUUUUUAAUUGGCCAAUGCAUUUCUAUUGAGUCAAUGAUAUUCCUAACUCCAGAAAAUGUGUGAAGCUUCUGGUUCAAACCUGAUACUGCUCUGGCUGUGCCUGUGGUAGCUUGGAAAAUAAAUAUUCAUUUUUUGUUUUAGUUAAAAAUAUACUGGCUGCUUUGAAAGUAUGACAUUUUUUAUUUGCUUCAUGUGCUGUUCUACUGAUGUGUGUACUUAGUAUUCUGUAAUCCAGAACUGAGAUAAAAUUGAUUUUUGUUUAUUUUUAUUUUAUUCUGCAUAGAACGUUAUUUGAACAUUCGUAUGAAUAGUCAUGAAUUCUAGGAAGGCUUUUUAAUGGGCAGGUAAAUAGCAAUGUUAGAAUAACUGAAGUCUAGCAAUAGAGAUGUCAGGUAAGUUGCUUUAACUAGGGAGAUUUUAGUUUUGCCUAGCUCUGACAUAACUGAAACACUAGUUAUGGGUUUGCGCUCUCCUGCGAGUAUCAGCAUGAUCCGAUCACUGAAGCUUAAAAGUGGGACUCAGAAAAUUCAGAUUCUCGCUUCUUACUCUCCAUCUAUAUGAAGGUUUUUCUUUUACGCUUCAUUUUUCCUGCUGUUUCCUUUUCCAAAUUCAAGUGGGAUGAGAAUUUCUGUUACUAUUUAGUUACUUUUUUUACACUUACAUGUAAGAUUGUUUAAGGGAAUAUGGAUUUAAAGGCCAGUGUAUACCAGCAGGUGGCAUAAAAAAGAUAGACUUCUUUUUUAAGAAGCUUUUUUCAGCUGGAUUUCCAGAGCUGCCUUCUGUUUUGAAGUGUGCAUGCUGCAGUCACACUGAAAUGCUUCCUAGAUAACAUCCUCUGCACUUUCUCUAGGCAGCUUAACAGGAUUAUAAGAUAUCUUAUUUUGAAAAGUCUUCCUCCUGGUCAGAUUUUUUUUUUGGUGGUGUUUAUUUUCACCUGUCCAACUGUGUGUGUGAAUAGCACAUCUUCUGUGGUUCAGCCAAGUUAAUUUGAAGAUGCGUAAAGAGUCUAGUCUCAGAAGUUCCUGUGAUAAGCUCUGUUCAUUCUAGAAACAUCACCAGAUACUCCACAGAGGACAAAGUAGGAGUAAUUUUACUGUAUCUAGCAAUCGGUACGGUACAUCCCUUUGCUUCCUUGUCUCCCUAACCCCAAAUAAUACACAAUUCCCAGCUCUCUUUUUAAUCAUUAACAGGUGGCUCACUAUCAUCUUGGCAGCUUUACAUUUUAUCUGUUAAUGGACAAUAAGGCACUACACUUUAUAGCUGAAAUGGCAUUUGAUUUUGUGAACAGACAAAGCAAACGUGACUGCAUGAAAAACAUUUCAUGGACUAUAAGAGUGCGUGCAGGCUGUUGUAUCAUCUGUGUUUUCAUCUGUGUGGUGGCUCUUGGCUGAGAAACUAAAUAUUUAUAUGUAAUGGAACUAGUUUUAAAAGUUGUACUAUUCCUACCACCAGUUUAAAAUCUGAGGAAUAUUUAUGCCAAUUACCUCUAAACUCUGUAAACAGUAUGUUAGCAACGUUUCUUGAGAGUGCUGGAUGUUUUCCUUUUUAAAGGGAUAUAGAGGCUAAGUAUCCUAGUCGAUGCCUUAGCUGUCUUUUUUUCCAAAAGAACACUGGUUCUAGCACACUAGCACAAACACAAAAGUUCUGUUUGUAUUGGCUUUAGAUAAAGUGCGCUGCGUCAGUGUGUGUGCUCUUUGUUUAACCCUGUGUCCUAGUCUGGCGAAGUUUAAAUAGUUUCACUAGAAAGAAAAAGUGAGUAAGUCCUGGUUUCAUCCACCUUACUUUUACAUCCCUGGGAGCAUCAUAUGGCACAACAUAACCACCAGGGAAAAUAGCAUAUUUAGAUAUUAAAAUGAUAGCAAAACAACGUCCCUUAUCAGUAUGCGUUCUCUUUCAGAACACCUGUUGCAGCCAUGAUGCCUGUUGCAACUGUGAUGCCUGACGACACACCAAUGUUUGACCCAAAUAUCCUCCACGAACUUGACUGGAGUGAGAACAUGGCACCGUUUUCUCCUGCUAUUUCUCCUUUAGAUCCAGGAGAUGGCCUGGUUAUGAGACCACUUUGCACAGCUGAUUUAAACCGAGGCUUUUUUAAGGUUCUGGGUCAGCUGACUGAAACCGGAGUUGUAAGCCCAGAGCAGUUUAUCAAAACAUUUGAACACAUGAAGAGAUCUGGAGAUUACUAUGUUACUGUUAUAGAAGAUACAAAUCUUGGACAGAUUGUUGCUACAGCAACGCUGGUUAUAGAACACAAGUUCACUCACUCCUGUGCAAAGAGAGGAAGGAUAGAAGAUGUAGUAGUAAGCGGGGAAUGCAGAGGAAAGCAGCUUGGUAAACUAUUGACAUCCACCCUUACAUUGCUCAGUAAGAGACUGAACUGUUACAAAAUUACUCUUGAGUGUCUGCCAAAAAAUGUAGCUUUCUAUAAGAAGUUUGGCUAUUCUGUGUCUGAAGAAAACUACAUGUUUCAACGGUUCUUUAAUUAAAAACUUAGAGUCUUUUUUUUUUUUUUUUUUUUUUGGUAAGGACUGUUGGUGGAGGAGCUUGUGCAACAAACAUUCUCUUCGUGGAAAAUCUGUAUAGUUCAUUACUACAAAUAUAACAAUCCCUAUAAAUACUCAACAUCAAAUGUGUAAAACCUGCAAAAAAAACCUUACUGACAUUUUAGAAGGGUUCUCUGGGGUAGGAAAUGAGCUCUUAGAACUAAUUUUUACUACUGUUCCGUCAAAGUGAAGCUUUUUUGUUCUAGCUGGAUUACAAAAGAUCUUGCUAAGGGGAUGGUUUUUAACCAAAGGUAUAUAUUUUUAUCUCAAAAUUUUUUCUUGCAUUGUAUUUUUCUAAAGUUUCGUGCUUCUUUUCUUGGUAGCCAAAGUACAGAUCAUGGAAUUGUGCUCCUGUCUGUACUUCACUGAAGGCAGAUGUAACUUGCGUAGGGAACGCUUCUCUUGCACAGAAUCAGCGAUACAGAAUGGGAAUUUGUUCUGUUCUUUCCAUGAAACCUCACUUAAGUGCUGUUGAUGUUAAUGAUGUUAAUGUACCUGAAGUUUUAUAGGCACUAUCUUCCAAAACUGAACUUUGGUUAGCGCCGGCAGGGGAGACCCUUACGGGCUGUGCUAAAGCUGACGCUUUGGAGUGUAAAAGGAUGCAUACUUAGUACUGCUGGGGCCCUGCACUUUAGCUGAUAAUUCUACUAUGAGGUUUUUCAGGGUAGUUACUUGUUUUCUGACAGAACAAACCCAUGGUUUCUGACAGGGCGAAGGUAACUGGGAAACUGGAAUGUCUGACAGACCGAAUAUAUCCCCUCUUUAGUGGGGCGCUCGCUAAUAUUCAACAGGAGUGUGAUUUGGGAUUGGCAGUUAAUGCCUACGUCUGUGAAAAGGCAGUAAUGCAUUCGGCUUCACUGAACACCUCUGACCAACUUGCUGUACUUGAACUCCUUAGGGCCAGGCGCGUGGUGGUUUUGCUGGUAACCACUUAUGCAUAUUGCAUUGCUAACUGGCAGAGAAAUCCCAGAUCCUGGUCCCAAGAAAUUGUUGCUGCUUUGGAGCAUCCCUCUUGCUAUAAUGUUGGAUAAAUGAUUUUUAGCACUUUUGCCACUGAUGGCAAGCAAAUAAUGUACAAAGCCCUUGUUUCAACAGUAGUGUUUUGUGUGAAGAGAGUGACAAAUCCUGCAUCUAUGAAUAGGGCAUUAUAAAUACAUGAAGGUUCGUACAGAACAGCCAGUCUUGUCUGUGAACAGUUAGGCCUUACAAAAUGUUCUUUCCAUUGUGGUGUGGAGAGCUACUUUAAGCUGUGGUGGGGGGGGGGUUCUAUUUAAUGUUCCUGAUGGUACUCCACUCAAUAUAGUGUUUCCUUGGUGAUGUCUAUGUUUUAUUUAUUGAUUAUUUUUAAAAAAAAAAAAAACCCUUUGUUUAAACUGAAUAAAU